AUCAGAAACACCAAAGCAGAAACUUCCUUUGUUUGCAGUCAUGAUGCUUACAGUGAUCUUCUAUUAUAUCUUUCUAAGAAUGGUCUGUUCAGAAGAAAUGAUCCAGCCCAAGUUCAUUAUAGCAACAGAAGAUGGUGAGGCGGCUCUGGAAUGUAUAUAUGCUUUGGAGGAAAAACAUAAGCGAGUUACGCUGGACGUGUUCAAAGGACCAGAUGAGAUCUGUGCACCUGUAUCUGUGAGGCAAAUAGAUAAUGGCACUGCUGUUAAUUCAACUGUUCAUUUCAAAAACUGUAAGGGAAUGGCCAAAGGGGACAGAGUAGUCUUCAAACUCUCAAGCCUACAAGAAAAGGACACUGGCACAUACUACUGUCGGCUCAAUAUAAUGUAUCCACCUCCUUUUCGCAGUCCAGUGGGAAAUGGAACCUUGAUAAUAAUUCAAAAGAAAAAUAACAGUACAGAGACCCCAUCUUCAUCUACUGGCACUUCAAAGGACUCCCUGUUUUGGGUUCUGAUUGCAGUAAUUACAGUAAUCACUCUAUAUGGUAUGAUCGCCUCCUUGUUACUUUACAUCGCUUGUUACAAAAUAAGACAAAACAAGCUCAUCCAAAAUGACUAUAUGAAUAUGAAACCAAGAGGACUCAAAAACAACAAGCAGCAGGGAGUACUCCACCCGAGCAGAAAUGGAAGAUACUGAGAAAGCUUCUUUUCAUAAAGGCAACUCUUCCUUCACAGCAGAAUGAAACCCCUUUGCUGCUUAACAAAAAUGAACAUCAACAUGGUACAGCUUCAUGACUAUUUUGCAGAAAUGCCAGACACUGAUAUAACUGUCAGCUGGUCUAAGGGCUAUCAUUGGUUGGCUGUGAAAAAGGGGUAACAUCAAGAUAUGAGCAAGGCCUGGAAAUCAUGCUGACAUUAAGACCGAACUUUUGUUACAUUUUGGAUAGUUUGCUCUGUAUUUAACAGAUUUGUGGAGAAGAUAAAAGUCCAAGUUACAAUGUAGGCCAAGGAUGAUUUGAAUAUCUUGUUGUAUUGCGAUUGUUCGAACCUGCUCUAAAUAUAUGUUAGAUAAAAUAUACCUAUCAAAGCGCAUGAAAGGAACUGCCAAAGUCUGAUGCAAAUUAAUAAUACAUUUUAAACCUUUUAGCAACUAGAGAGCUUUUUAUUUUCUUUAUAUAAGGAGACAAAAAUAAAAGCUUUGAUAAAAAUGUUCUGUAUUUGAACUUUAAAACCUACAUAGUAAUUAAA